ACAACGCAGCCUUCCCGGAAGGGCAGCCUGGGUCCCGCAUCCCGUGGACUCGUGCGCUGGUGGAGGAGGCAGGCAGCCUGGAUCUCCUAGCAGUCACCCUGCCUGUCCGAGGAGUAGCCGGCUGGCUCCAAUGGACUCCUCCGGGCUCCGCCUCCCGAAAUCAAGACCCAGAGAGGUCGGGCCACCUGCCUAGAGUCCCACACUAGGCUGAGGGCUCCUCCCCUGGACCAGGCAGGAUCCCCCCUGCACCUGCUGCCCAAGGCUACAGUUUAGCUUCCAUGUGGCCACUAAGGAGGCUGGGCAGGGUACAAGCAGCUCCAUUCCGGUUAACUGUCCUUUUACUAGUUUUUUAUUUUUAUUUUUGAGACAGAGUCUUACUCCUUCACCCAGGCUGGAGUGCAAUGGCAUGAUCGCAGCUCACUGCAUGAUCUCAUCUCUGCCUCCUGGGUUCAAGUGAUUCUCCUGCCUCAGCCUCCUGAGUACCUGGGAUUACAGGCACCUGCCACUAUGCCUGGAUAAUUUUUGUAUUUUUAGUAGAGACGGGGUUUCACCAAGUUGGCCCGGCUGGUCUCAAACUCCUGACCUCAGGUGAUCUGCCUACCUCAGCCUCCCAAAGUGCUGGGAUUACAAGCAUGAGACACCGUGCCUGGCCCUUUUACUACUUUGAAAAAUUUUUUGAGAUGGGGGGCUCACUCAUGACGUUGCCCAGGCUGGAGUGUGAUGGCUAUUCAUGGGCACGAUCUCACUGCCGAUCGGCACAGGGGUUUUGACCUCCUCCAUUUCCAGCCUGGGCCAGUUCAUCCUUAUUAAGCAACCUGGGGUCUCCCACUUCUGGGAGGUCCCUGUGUGGAUGCUGAAUGCAGUGUGUCGGACAAUCAGCGCAGAGCACUGGAACUCCCGGGCUCAAGUCAUCCUCCCCGCUCAGACUCCCGAGGAGCUGGGGCUACAGGCCUGCACCACCACAGCCGGCUGCUACUUUUAAUCGUGGACUACAACAAAGGGCACAUACUCGUGAUCUUUCUCCUUUCUUCCUUUCUUUUUUGCCAGAUGGUGUUAAGGUAUUUAAGGUCUGAGAGGGGCCAGCUGGGAGCUGUUGAGGCCACUCCGGUGGCACCAGAGCCCUCUCAGGCAGGCAGACCCCGGGCUUCCCCACCACACUUCGUUCAUGGAUUUUGUCGCUGGAGCCAUUGGAGGCAUCUGUGGUGUUGCUGUGGGCUACCCCCUGGACACCGUGAAGGUCAGGAUCCAGACGGAGCCAAAGUACACAGGCAUCUGGCACUGUAUCCGGGAUACGUAUCGCCAAGAGCGCGUGUGGGGCUUCUAUCGGGGCCUCUCGCUGCCCGUGUGCACAGUGUCCCUGGUCUCCUCUGUGUCUUUUGGCACCUACCGCCACUGCCUGGCACACAUCUGCCGGCUCCGGUACGGCAGCCCCGACGCCAAGCCCGCCAAGGCCGACAUCACGCUCUCAGGAUGUGCCUCUGGCCUCGUCCGCGUGUUCUUGACAUCGCCCACUGAGGUGGCCAAAAUCCGCCUGCAGACGCAGACACAGACACGGACACGGACACAGACACGGACACAGACACAGACACAGAUGCAACAGCGGCGGCUCUCGGCCUCGGGGCCCUCAGCUGUGUCCCCUGUGUGUCCUGCGCCCCCUGCCUGCCCAGAGCCCAAGUACCAUGGGCCGCUGCACUGCCUGGCCACCGUGGCCCGUGAGGAGGGGCUGCGUGGCCUCUACAAGGGCAGCUCGGCCCUGCUCUUGCGGGACGGCCACUCCUUUGCCACCUACUUCCUCUCCUACGCCGUCCUCUGCGAGUGCCUCAGCCCCGCUGGCCACAGCCAUCCAGAUGUCCUGGGUGUGCUGGUGGCCGGGGGCUGUGCGGGGGUCCUGGCCUGGGCUGUGGCCACCCCCAUGGAUGUCAUCAAGUCGAGACUGCAGGCCGACGGGCAGGGCCAGCAGCGCUACCGCGGCCUCCUGCACUGCUUGGUGACCAGCGUGCGCGAGGAGGGGCCCCGGGUCCUCUUUAAGGGGCUGCUGAUCAACUGCGGCCGUGCCUUCCCUGUCAACAUGGUGGUCUUUGUCGCCUAUGAAGCGGUGCUGAGGCUCACUCGGGGUCUGCUCACAUAGCUGGUCCCCACACCCAGAGGCCCACCCGCUGGCAGCUGCCGGAGGUCAUUAGUGGCUGGAGGAGGCAAGAGGGUGCCUGGCUGAAGUCAGGACCCCACAAGGCCAUUGCCCGGGACAACGGGGAGCCUCCCUGUAGUGCAUUGGCCGAGGCCUGAGCUUGGCCUGCCCAGCUACUGACCUCAGGUCGAGGGGCGCCCCCGGCCAUCAGCCCAGGGUUGGCCUGCGGUGGCAGGAGCCAGGGAGGAGUGGGUCCCUUUGAUGAGGGUGUGUCUCAUGGAGUCAGUUGUUCAUUCCAGCUUCCCCAUUGCCCUGUCUCCCAUAUCUUUGGAGCCCCCCUCCAGGGAGUCAGGUGUGUGCUCAGCCACCCUCUGCCCUGUUCCCAGACCCUUGCCCCCACUGCUGUUCCAGUGUCUUCACGAACCAUCCCUUGCAGGCAGGGGCUCCCCACAGGCUGGGGGCCUCAGGGUGCGGAGCAGGAGCUGGGCUGGCAUCAUGACUGAGGGCUGCAGGCCCAGCUCGUUCCCCGCAGCAGGCUACUCCAGGAGGGCACUGCUGGGGCUGCCAUGCCCACCUGGCAGGGGCCUGGGGAGGCCAUGCUCGCCUGGUUAGGGAAUUUGGGGUGAGGUUCCUCAGGAGCCCUCACUCUGCCUGUGGAUGCUGCACCUGCCACUUAAGGACCCCGAAGACUGUUGGGAACUUGUCAAUAAAAUGUUUCUGAGGAUGUUCA